AUGUCGACGCGCGAGCUCAGCCACCUGCUCUCGGAGGUCCGACCGAAGCGCACAAAGUGGGCCAACGACCGGCGCGUCGGGCAGGUCGAGCUCUAUGACGCGCUGGAGCUGGUGCUGCAGGAGCUUAAGGCAGUGGGCGAGGCGGCCGUGCCGUUCCUGCAGCAGGUCAAGCGCAAGGACGCGCCCGACUACUACAAGGUCAUCAAGCACCCGAUGGACCUUGCGGCGAUGGCCAAGAACCUGCGCAGCGAGGUUUACAAUAGCAAGCGGCAGUUUGCCGACCACCUGCAGCUGAUCCGCGACAACUGCUACACAUACAACACCGACCCCGGCAACUACUAC